AUGAGUAAUUCUUCGCCACCGCCGCAGCAACAACCGGCCGAUGCGCCUGAGCGGCGGCUGCGAGAGGCGGAGGAGCGGCUGCGAGAGGCCAUAGAGGAUCUGCAGAUGCGGCAGAGGCGCGCCAAGGGUGGGCUCCAUCAUCCGUGCGAUCACGCCGAUGAGUCCUGCGUUGCGAACGCCGUUGGAAACCUAUGCCAGACUUUCCUCCUUUCUUAUGGCAUUCGCGUGGGAAUUGGAAUCCUCCUCCGCGCCUUCAAGCUCGCCCGCCUCAAGUCUUAUUCUUCUCUCCUCGAUCUAAAGCAACUGGUAUCCGAGAAAGACCUAAUAGUAAGAGAGGAAGCAUGUCGAAUUGGUUUGCUCUUUGGGGGAUUCACUGGUUCCUAUCAUGCUCUUAGAUGUUUGUUGAGGAAGUGGAGAAAGAAAGAAACGCCAAUAAAUGCAAUUUUAGCAGGUUCAGUAGCAGGUUUGUCUAUUUUGGCAUUAGAUGAAUCCGGCCGGAGACGCACACUUGCUUUAUAUCUUUUGGCUAGGCUUGCUCAGUGUGCAUAUAAUUCUGCUAAGUCCAAAAACCAAUUUCACCUUUGGGGAAGUCAUUGGAGUCAUGGAGAUACUCUUCUCUUUGCAAUAGCAUGUGCACAGGUUAUGUAUGCCUUCAUAAUGCGUCCUGAGAGCUUGCCAAAGUCAUAUCAAGAUUUUAUUCAGAAAACUGGGCCAGUUGCUAAACCUGUGUAUAAAGCUGUGAGGGAUUGUUGUAGGGGAUCUCCAGUUGAUGUCGCCUCACUAUCAGCUUAUCUGUCCACCACAAAAGGACCCAGCACAGUAAAGUUGGAAGAGUUUCCCACUAUCAUCCCUUGUUCUAUGAUCCACCCAGGCACAAACUCAUGCUUGCUACAUAAUGCCAAUGCUGCAUCAGCUACUUUUAGGAAAACAUUUCCUCUGUACUUCUCUUUGACGUUUGUGCCCUUUGUUGUUCUUCGCUUGCAAAAGUUCAUGGAUGCUCCAGUUCGCACCUGCUGGCGUGCUGUUAUAGGAGCUGCUCGCUCAACAAGUUUCUUGUCUGCUUUUGUUGGAAUUUUUCAGGGAGUAAUAUGUUCCCACAGAAAAGUAGCAUUGAAGGAUCACAAGCUUGUAUAUUGGGUUGCUGGAGGAAUAGCUGCCCUUUCUGUACUAUUAGAAAAGAAAGCUCGACGAGGUGAACUUGCUUUGUAUGUCCUUCCACGAGCAGGAGAAUCUUUGUGGUAUAUUUUAGUGAACCGCCGAUUGCUUCCAGAUAUCAAGAAUGCUGAGGUGGCUUUGUUCUGCGCAUGUAUGGGUGGAAUAAUGUACUAUUUGGAACAUGAACCUGAUACCAUGGCUCCAUUCCUCAGGGGAUUGAUUCGUCGCUUCCUUGCCAGCAAAAUUAGCAAUCCGAGUGUUUCAUCAAAUCGUAAUGCUUCUUAUACGUACCUACAAACUCUGGAUGCCAUUAAACAACCAAAGGGGCAGGACAAUUCUGACACUGAAAAUUCGGCCCAAGAGAAAUACAAUCUUGAGUCCAUUCCCGGACUCUGA